UCGAUAAUAGUAACCAAAACAAACAACAGCUGAUUCACAGUUUUUAAUUCUGUGUUUUAAUUUUUAAAAUUUAUAUUCAAAAUGCGACGCCGCGUUGGCUUAGGAGCCAUCCAGCAGCAGAAAUUGGCUGCCGAAAAAUACAAGGACAAGGGAACUGAUUUGCAGGAAUCCCAAUUGGAGCAGAUGACCAAACAGAUGGAGGUUUUCCGUGGCAAACUGGAAGAAUUCGCCAUGAAACACAAAGAGGAUAUAAAAAAGAAUUCGCAGUUUCGUAAGCAAUUCCAGGAAAUGUGUGCCGCAAUUGGAGUUGAUCCAUUGGCCACAGGCAAGGGGUUCUGGAGUGUACUCGGCAUGGGUGAUUUCUACUAUGAGCUGGGUGUUCAGGUGGUGGAAGUGUGCCUGGCAGCGAAUCACAAAACAGGUGGCCUCAUGGAAUUGGGAGAGCUGCGUCGACGUUUAAUAGCCGCCCGUGGACAGAGUCAAGUGCAUCAGGAGAUUACCAAAGAAGACAUAUUGAUGGCAGCCAAAAAACUCUCAAUCUUUGGAAAUGGUUUCGUUGUCCACAAACUGGGAAAGGGCAAGUACAUAGUGCAAUCGAUCCCUGGAGAGUUGAGUAUGGAGGAGACAAAUAUUCUAAAUGCUGCAUCAAAUACAGAACAAGGCUGCGUUACACAAUCUCAACUUAUCAACGAUCUAGGUUGGACCGACUACCGCGCCAAACAAUCCUUGGACAAAGUUGUUGGUGAGGGUCUCUGCUGGAUUGACAGGCAAAAUGAUGAUGAGCCUAGCUAUUGGUUUCCCAGUUUAUUUCCCGGCCGCAAUUCUAUUGCCGUUGGUGCUUCUUAAUACCAGAUGUAUUUUAAGAAAGAAAUAUAUACAUAUAUAUGUUAAAAUAUAUAACUAAAUUUUA